AUGCCCGACAUGUCUGCGCUUUUCCAAGCCUCGCCGCCGAAACUUGACCUCCACAGUGCACACUCCCAGCUCUUCCAAGUACCCGCCUCCUCCUCUACAUCCUCUCUGUACUCGCUGUCCAUCAGUCGCAAGCGAGCACGUCGUGACACAGAAAAACUUUCCUCCAAAUUCGAGUUUGAUGCCUCCAUCACCGCUUCACCGCUCUUCCAUGCCGACAACCAGUACGGGGUCGAUGAUUUUAGCGCUGAGCUCGACUAUCGUCCAAACCGAUACCGCGAGUCCUUCCUCCCACCAUCCCUAAAUGCAAGCUUCGACGCAGGAGCUCCAGAAUCCUCCGGCACGAGCCGCAAGCGCAGCAGACGCGACUCGUGCAUCGCUUCACCAACCGCCGAUGAUGACCCAAUAGAUCUUCCAGUCGCAGCACGUCCCGGCUGGGGCCGCACUGUGAUCAAUGUUGUCGGCAAGGUCCUUGAUCUCUGUUGGUCGGGUGCAUUCAGAGGCUUCUACGCCGGUGGUGGACAAGGCUAUGACAUGGAUGCUGGCUCCCCAGCGACAGCGACCUUCAAUCCCAACUCGCAACGAUCCCCAACAGAAAGGGAGAGGGAGAGCCAAAUCUUCAGAACGCCUGUUCCUGGCCAGUUUCCCGAGGAUGAUAUGGAUCGCAGCUGGGUAGUGGUCCCUACAGACACUGCCGAUCCCUUCAUCGACGACACCGUUAGUCCAUGCGCGAAAGCACGUCGAAUUCAUCAGGUCUCAAGCCCGCGCCGACGACAAGCUGUCAUGCCCAAACUGAGCAAGAGCUCUAAUCUCUCGGCCAUGCGGCCGUCUACUCCUUCACGAAAAUUGGCUGCGUCGCCACGGUCAAAGGAGGGGCCGGGGUCUGCUGAGAUGCAACGAUACGCAGCACGGGUGCGCCGUAAGGAGCGGGAAGAAGAUGCAAGUAUACAACGCCUGAACAAGCAACUUCAGGCGAUGAUUCGGGAAGGAAAAGAAGCGCUGGGGACGACGGUGGAGGUGGAUGAUAUAGAUAUGGACUUUGACUCGUCAUGA